AUGAUAAAGAAGUUUGUGUAUCACAUCGUGGCAUACAUUAUUUUUGCGCUUCAUUUAAAAAUAUUCAUUCCUAAAGUUUUUAACGAAAAAUGGACAUGGGACAUAUAUCAUAUUUAUUUUUGUAUGGCCACAUUUUAUGUUAGUUUGUUGACAAUUUACGCCAUUGCUGUAUUUUGUAAUUUGAAAAAAUUCGAUUUGAAAAAUUAUCCUGUUGAAGAAAUACAGUCGUAUAAAAAUAAUGGCAACAAGAAGAAUAUACACCCCUACUCCUCCUUCGAGAGGUUGGACUUGGUGAACAUGAACUUCAUGAAAUUACUCUAUGGUGCAAUCUUUAUGGCCCCUUGGAAAACAAUAGCCCUAAUCAUACUAUCUCUCACUAAUAUUCUCGUUUGUUUCCUGUUCUCAUUUUUCAUGGGAAAGAACAAGGAAGACCAAGAAAAUGGAAUUGUAAAAGUUUACUUAAAAUUUCUCAAGUUCAUUUGCAGAGCCUCCUUAUGGCUCUUCGGUAUUAAUGAAAUAGAAAGCAACUACCUGUGUGAUAUGGACUGGCCAAAAAAUAUCGUUGCGAAUCACGUGUCUGCCCUAGACCCCUUUUAUUUUAUAAGUGAACAUGCUUGCAGUUUUGUUGCGAAGAAAUCCCUGCGUAACGAUUUCAUUGUUGGACUUAGCGUUAUAUGCUUAAGGUGUGUAUUCGUAUACAGAGAAAAAUCAGAGGAUCGAAAAAUUGCCUUGGAAAGCAUUAAGGAAAGACAACUCCUUGUAGAAGAGAAAAAGAAUAAUUUUCCAUCUUUUGUUAUAUUUUCUGAAGGAACCACAUCCAAUGGGAUGCAAAUAAUUGAACAAAAGAAAGGGGCCUUUUUUUCUCUCCUCCCCAUUACCCCCGUUCUGCUCGUAUACGACUACGACUUUUUUAACCCCGCCUACGACAUUCUGCCCUUCACCUGGUGGUUCAUCCUGAUUGUGUCUAAUUACCAAAGCAUUUCCCUCAAAACGUACUGGCUCCCUAAGAUCUACCCACCAGACCAAAAGAAAUUUCCAAAAAUGACGGAGGAAGAACGCAUAAAUCAUUUCCAUGACGAAGUGUCCAAAAUCAUGUUCCAAAGUAUGAAAAAGUACAACCCCAGGGCGCCCCAAAAUAUAGACGACUAUAACGACUGGCCAGGAUCACUACGUAUAAAACUGGAGUUUUUUCAAGCCGCCCUGGGCAACAUAGCCACCAAGUAUAUAAUUAAGGAAAAAAAUCGAAGUGAAAAAAAAUAA